AUGGGCGCGAAGAAGAAAGACGGGAAAAAGGCGGAGAGGGAGGCUGAGAGGACAAGCGACCAGGAUCAGAUGGAAACGCGGAGGCAGGAGGUGCAGGAGGUGGAGCGAGAUGGAGCGAGAUGCAGAGACAUGGAGAGAGAUAUUGAGGCUGGAAAGCAGGAGAGAAGGAGGAUCAGAACACAGGAUGAGCACACCAGGACCAGCCGCGAACGAGACGUAGCGUUACGGGAUGAAGUCCCAGAACAUGGGAACAUAGAAGGAGAUCGAGAGGAUAUAGAUAUCGAGACUAUCGAGGAUACAUCGGCCACCAUAGAAGGGGUGCGGAUGAUCAAGGAACCACGGCGACCCCAAAGAACCGCAAACCCCCCGUCAGUCGCAGGUCCAGAAAUGAAGUCCCUGGAAGCCUGGGGAAUGCACGCCCGAAAAGGGCCCCCCUCUUUCAAUGUCGAUCGAAAUGCGAGCCCGAAACUAAGCCCCAAUCGACCCUCUCGACCCUCUUGA